CAAGCAUUUGUGAAGUAAAACUGGGCUCCAGCCAGACAUGAUGUGGCACAGGAGUUGGUGGAGUUGCUGGAAGAAAUGAGCCCAGCAGCAGAGCUGGGGCCAUAGGAGAAAGCUGCCUGCACCAGCCCUGGCUGCCAGCUCGCCGUGAAGCUGGAGGGAAGGGAGCUGCCUUCAGAGCAACGAGCUUCUUGAGCAGGUCAUGUAGAAGAGCAGAUUUAAUGUGAAGAUGGGACUCUUGGUGUUUAUGCGUAACCUGCUGCUAGCCCUCUGCCUUUUUCUGGUACUGGGAUUUCUGUACUAUUCUGCUUGGAAGUUGCACCUUCUCAGAUGGGAGGAUUCAAAUUCAGUGGUUCUUUCCUUUGACUCCGUUGGACAUACAAUAGGCUCAGGAAGGAGAGAAAGAAAAACUGUGGCUAUUGUGCUUCCGCUGUCCAUCCCAUCUCACCUUGCUGCAGACCCAGGAAAAGACAGAGCCCAGAAAGAACCCACAGAACCCAUGGCAGCUCCAGGCCCAGCCAUUCCCAAAUAUGACAAACUGGGCUUUCUCCUGAACCUGGACUCAAAAUUGCCUCCAGAACUGGCAUCAAAGUAUGCCAAUUUCUCUGAGGGAAUGUGCAAGCCAGGCUAUGCAUCAGCGCUCAUGACUGUCAUCUUCCCAAAGUUCUCGAAGCCGGCACCAAUGUUCUUGGACGAUUCCUUCAGGAAAUGGGCACGUAUCAGGGACUUUGUACCCCCUUUUGGAAUUAAAGGACAAGAUAAUCUGAUCAAAGCCAUCCUGUCAGCAACCAAAGAUUAUCGUCUAACUCCAGCUCUUGACAGUCUCAGCUGCCGGCGAUGUAUUAUUGUGGGAAAUGGUGGAGUACUUGCAAAUAAGUCAUUGGGGUUAAAAAUUGAUGACUAUGAUGUUGUUGUCAGGCUGAACUCGGCUCCGGUGAAGGGCUUUGAAAAAGAUGUGGGUGGCAAGACAACACUCCGGAUCACAUAUCCUGAAGGUGCAAUCCAGAAAAUGGAGCAGUAUGAGAAGGAUUCCCUGUUUGUUCUGGCAGGAUUCAAAUGGCAGGAUUUCAAGUGGCUGAAAUACAUUGUUUACAAGGAGAAAGUGAGUGCGUCUGAUGGCUUUUGGAAGUCAGUGGCAACCCGUGUCCCAAGGGAACCUCAUGAGAUACGUAUCCUGAAUCCCUACUUCAUCCAGGAGGCAGCUUUCAGCUUCAUUGGACUGCCUUUCAACAAUGGCCUGAUGGGCAGAGGGAACAUCCCCACCUUGGGAAGCGUAGCAAUAACCAUGGCGCUGCACAACUGUGAUGAGGUGGCAGUAGCUGGCUUUGGCUACGACAUGAGUUCACCCAAUGCACCCCUGCACUACUAUGAGAACAUCAAGAUGUCUGCCAUCAAAGAGUCCUGGACGCACAACAUCCAGCGGGAGAAGGAAUUUCUGAGAAAGCUGGUGAAAGCCCGAGUCAUCACUGACCUAACCAGUGGGAUCUGAGUGGCUGCAGCCACUGCGUCCAAGAGAAGAGACAAAGACACACUACAGCUCUGGGAGCAGGCACUGGCAGCCCCCUGCAAGAAUCCCACCUCGCUGAAGACACCCAGAGAUGCUCAGGUGCUCUGGGAAAACCCUCUUGCAUUGCCAGUCUGCACGAGGGUUACAUCUCCCACCUCCAGGCCUAGAGCUGGCAGGAGGUGGGCAAGGGGCUGAGUGGACAGUUCUUGAACUCUGCAUCGCAGACAGAUCUUCUGCAUCCUGAAUUAGACAGGAAAGACUCAGGAGAGAGAAGAAAAGUUUGUGAAUAAAAUGAUUAGUGCCAAAUGGGAGGUGAUGCUGCCCCAAGGCAGCAAAGCCUGAAUGUACAAAGUAUUAUUUUUUAAAAGACUGCUGGAACCAUACUAGAAAUACCAAGGUACAAGGCAAAGUCUGCUUGCGCACAGCCCUGCGAAAAACCUGGCCUCUUCAUGCUCCAUCUGCAUUGUCACCAGCCUCUGACCUUUCCCCAGGAAAACAAAUCCAUCCAAAACUUCAAUGUCAUUGGUGCUGCUACAAUUUGAAGGGAGAAUAAUGGCUUCCUCUCAUUCUCCACUUGGAGCUUCUGGAUGGAGAUGAACAUGGGUUUGUUUUUCUACAUUUUUCCUCACAUCCUCCACAGAGGCAGCAACAGCAGCCACUGACUUGGCUGUGUUUUCCAUAGCCAUUUGCUCUGCCUCUGCCCUGACCCCGAGGUGGAGCGGGGAGCCGGUGGCUUUCUCCACCUACAGCAGACCCUCCCCACCUUCCUGCCUGUCACGAUGCAGGGGAGCCUGCCCCGUUGUGCUCAAGGCUUUCAGGCCUCUUGGUUUGUGCCUGCUGUGCAGGGCCCCUGAAGAGUCCGUGCAGACUUGUGUCACUGUUUCUGGACAGCAUCUCGCUUUGGUUUUGUGUGGGAGGGGAGUAAUUUAUUCUUUGCAAGGAGGUCAGAUCUUGAGCAGAGAUCUCAAGCUUUACAGUUUGAGAGCAGACUGCUGAAGAUGUUUGUUUUACGUUCCAGACUCAAUCAUGUUCCCUAUUUAAGCGACGUGUGACCUCAAUGAUGAUGGAACCUGAUGGGAACUCUCACCCUCUGCUUGGACCCUGCUCACUCCAUUUCCAAGCUCCUCCCAUGCUGCUCUAGCACUGCUGCUCCUCCUGCUCUCAGGAGCACGUCCUUCCUUUGCCCACUUGGUCCCAAGAUGCACUAUUUGCACAUUUGAUUUGUAUACGUAUUUCAGAGGAGCUGGAAUAAACUGAUCAACGUGGCCAAGUGCAAGGGCAACAGGGUGGUCUCAUCCACCUGAAGAGCAUGGGCAGGAGGGAGGUAGCCAAGGGAAUGAGCAGUUACAUGUGAAAAGUGGCUCCUGUACUCUCCUAGCCUGGAGCAGGCUGGAGUGCACCCACAGGCACUGUCCCAGUGCCUGGGUGUCAAGGCACUGGUACACAGCCAGCUGGUGCUGGGGUCAGUAGAGUGGGAUCCCAGAGGGGUGUGGGUUGGGCUCAGGGUUCUGGCACUGUGUCUGACACAGCCCAAGGAUUGCAGUCUGCCUUGCUCUGGGCUGAAGGGAGCAUGACCUGGAAUGGGCAAGGAAUGCUCAGAGCAGGGCUCGCAUGGCCCCCCUAGAGCAGCUCUGCACCUUGCAGGGACUGUGGCUUUGGACCUGAGACCUUCAAGGGGGUGUGCAGGAGGGGCAGGCAGUGACCCAGGCCUGGGGCAGACGAGCAAACUGUACAGAAUGGUUUGAGACCAGGCUGCAGGCAGAGGCAGCUCCCAGGACAUGGCACUGACUGCUGCUUACAGACUGCUGUGGGAUGCCUCCCUCAGGAGCAGGCAGGGGAGCCAAGGAGCUGCUCAGGGGCAAGUCCUGCCCAGCUUCUUGUAGUGGCUGCUGUUCCCCUUGUCAUCUAGCAGCUCAAAGAUCCUGUUUUUGGGCUGCAGAAGGCAUGCUAGGAGGCUCUCCUUCCCUUUACCCUUCCCAUGUCUCAUCCCCACUGCUCUGGCCUCCCAGCCAGGCAGUCCCCGUUCCCCAGGGACAUGCCUCCUUUCAGAGUGCUCUGAGAGGUUUGCAGCCUGUUUUUGAGCAUAUGCUGUGGCAGAUACUCCUUUUAAGUAUCUCCCAUUUUGUUUUUCCUUCUUGAGGACUCCAUGGGACUGAAUUUCCAUGGCUCUCACCAGGUAACUCUUUCUUUGCAGUUCCUGGGUGUCAGCCUGGAAUUGGGACCAUCUUCUGCUGAGUCCCAGCCAUGCUGGCAGUGGGAAUGCUUGGUCUGGUCUGGCUGAGGUUGUGGCUGGGAAGGGUUGACAUCCACUUUCUCUCUUGGUGCUUUAACCAGCUGCCAUGAGAGCCUAGGGCUGUAUCCAUGGGCUGCAGUGAGCUGAGAUGGCAGAGUGGGCAGCUGCAUCCCGAAGGAGGAGGGAAGAGCCUUUGGUGUCUCUGCUGGGACCCCCACAGAGGAUUGUUCAAUUGGUUUAUUGAACACUACAAAGCUCCAAGACACUUUUAUCUUCCAGCUCAUUGGCUCCAGGUCCAAGGACACAGCAUGGCCACUGCUCAACCUUCCCUGUCAUCCCAGCUCUCCACCACAGCCAUGAACAGGUCCUGAUGGGAAGUUUCCCCUACAGACCAGGGAGGUGAUUCCAAGCCCUUCCCUCCACCUUGACAGGCGUCUCCAGGCAGAAGAGCCCAAGUGGAAUAGAUGAGUGCAUGUCCCAGCGUGACUGCGGUGGGUCAGGACCACCUGCACGUAGAAGGAAAGAGUGUUUGGGGACCAAGACUCUCCUCUAGCUCACUGACACCACAGAGCAGCCCAUGACAAGGUGAUGGGGCUCCAGCUCCAGGAGCAGGGCACAGCACUGGGUUUUGCUCCUGGGUGUCAUUCUUUUGGCUGCCUCCUCAUGUGCACCUGCAGCCACCUCCCGCCCUCGAAACGCUGCAGUCCCAGCAGCUCGGAGCGGUGCUCGCGGGUCAGAGCAGGGUCAGUGGGACGGAUGUGAGUCCUGGCCUCUCCCUCGCAGUGACUCACCUUGUCAGAUCGGAAGGGAGAGCCCAGGGGAAUUCUCUACAGCCUAAAUAUAGAGCGGGGUUGCCUGGUGCCUCUGAUGCGCUUUGGUGCAGAAAGGCCACUCAGGUGGCAGGGAACCUGCCUGGAGACAGCCCAGAGAAACACAGGGAGAUCAGGGGCCAGUGACCACAGUGGGUUUUGCUCCAGCUAGUGCAGAGAGCAGGUCUGGGGAGCUGCAGGGCAACCUGCAUGUGCUGCUCUGGAGGACAGGAGGUGCCGGAGAGUUCUGCUGCUGUGCUGACCACACCAUGAGCUGCUUGUGCAUUUGUGUCAGUGCUCACCAUGCUGGCGCUGGGCUCCCACCGCCAGCUCACCCGGUUAGGCCUGGCCGUGCUGUGGCCUUGAGCUCACACGUGCCAAAGGUAAGCACCAUGGCCAGGUACACGAUGCAGCAGUGGGAUUCAGCCCAACAUUCCUCAUCCCAGCAUCUCUGGGCUUCCAGUGUCUCCUUCCUUGGAGGGAGAAGUGGAGAGGCCCUGCCUGGCCAUGCUGUACUACCCCUCAGUGUGAGCACUGCUGGGAGCAGGGGAAGGUGUCAGGACAGGGCUGUCUGUGUCAAAUGGAUGCAGUUGAGCUGGGUGUGGGCAGAACUGGACACAGGCAAGAGCUUCCAGAGUGUUUGGCAGGGAGGCAGCCACCACGCCGAGCUCCGUGGGCACCAGUGUGGUGUGUGCUCUCGGUCACUCGCAGUAUUAGAGAUGUGUCCUUCAGUGCAGGAGCCCCUUUGGGGCCACAGCCCAGCCCCUUGGGCUCUGGCUCCUUGCACAGCCUGCACAGGAUCUCGAAAAGGCCAGUGCAUUCGCCGGUACUGUACCAAGCCAAGAUGCAAGAACUCAAUGAGUUUUUAAAAUUAGUUUUAGUUUCUGCAUUUUUUUUUAAUUUUCCCUCUAGGCAGGGAGGGUAAGAGUCUUGCAGGCUCCUCCAAGCCGGCUUAUGGCACGUCAAUUCAGUCAUAUCACAGAAGCAAUAAAGCUAUCAAACAAGC